AGGUUAAUCUCGUGUUUGCAAUCCUGAGGCGAUAACCUAGAAGACUAAACAAAACAAUGAUGCCCAAUUGCCCAAUAUCGAUGGAUGGCAGCAUCCUUCUGAAUGUGUGCGGCUAAAAUUCGGUCAACGAUUAUUGAUAAUUCUUUCUCCCCACAAUUUGCUCAUUCAAUCUCAGCUGUGAGCAGCAUCGUGUAUUCGGCAUCAAAUAGUGUCUACAGACGCCAGAAAUAGUUGUGUGUAGUGUGCAGCGAACCAUGACAAAAUACAACACUAGUGCGAGCGUGUUGUGGAUGAUAGUUUACAGUUGUUUGGUUUUGUCGUUUAAUUACCAACCCUUGGUGCUCAGGACUGUGGCUGGAGCCCUAAGUCAAUUCAAUGUCGACAGUGGUGCUGAUAACAUGUCACUAGAGGAUUUCGAUCAGUAUCUGGGAAGCUACCUUGGUAAGGGCGAUAAGCUUGCCUUGGUGCUGGAUUACGAUGGCACGUUGGCAGAAAUUACAGCACAUCCGAAUCUUACGGCUAUGACCCCAGAAAUGCGACAAACGCUGCAGAAUAUUGCUAACAGUGGGAAAGUUUUCGUUGCGGUUAUAUCUGGGCGCGAUGUGGAUGGAGUUAAAGCGAAAAUUGGCAUCGAAAACAUUAUCUAUUCUGGCAAUCAUGGUCUUGAGGUUCUUUUCCCAAACGGGACUAGGCGUAACCAGGGUAUUCCCAAGGAGAUUGCUGAUAACUUCGGCAAAAUGGUUGACCAACUUACCACAGAGCUUGCUCACAACGGAGCUUGGGUAGAGAACAAAAAGGUCUCUUUAACAUUCCAUUACCGCCAAGUGGACCCCAAGCUGGUUCCCGAACUCGAGGCUCGAGCAAAACAAAUAAUCGAAUCAUACGGGUACCGGGCGAACCAAGCUCACGCAGCAGUGGAAGGUAAGCCUCCGAUCGAGUGGAACAAAGGACUAGCGGCAGAAUACAUAUUGAGCUCGAGUUUCGAUAAGGAUUGGAAAAGUCGGAGGAUCAUCUUCGCUGGGGACGAUACCACCGAUGAGGAUGUGAUGAAAGCCAUCAAGGGAUUUGGAAGAUCGUUCAGAGUCGCCAGAGAUGAUAGUGUAGAAACGAAUGCGGAUUUUAAAAUUCCUUCCGUGCAAGCGGUCUACCACUUGCUCAAAUGGAUCGAGAAAAAGGUGACUGUCUGAAUACCCAGUGUGAUAAUUGUAAUGAUUUUUAUUUCAAUGAAACUUUUGUUCCAAUAAAGUAUAGUUGAACAUUUAAUGAAA